AUGAGUACUGAAGAAAGAAUUAUGGACAGCACGCAGCAAGACGAGAUCUGUUCCCUCUCAGCACAAGAUCGGGAAGAUACCCCUAUGAAAUGGUCCUGGCUUCGCAAGCACCUGAUCUUGAUUCAGUGCAGUUUCCUCGCGGUCUGUCCCGGUUUCACCAGCAGCAUUUUGAUCCCCGGAACCAAUGCGGUGGCCCUCGAAUUGGGAAUCCCUCAACAAAAAGCGACAUAUUUCAUCGCCGUCCACGUCCUCUUCCUCGGACUCGCUCCGUUCUUCUGGAUCGCCUGUAUGAAGGCAUACGGCCGCCGUCCAAUCCUGAUUACCAGCACAUUGUUAUCUUGUUUUGCGGCGCUGGGCGGAGGGUUCGCGAAGAAAUAUGGAGGUCUGAUGACUGCCCGUGUUUUCCAGUCCUUCGGCAUCUCUGCGGGGUUCGUCCUUCCCGGCGUGAUUGUGGUGGAUAUCUUUUCGGAAGAACAGCGUGGUCGCAAAAAUGGGAUUUGGGCGCAAAUGGUGUCGAUCGGGGCUCCGCUCGGUGGAGUGAUCGGCGGGCCUGUGGUGCGCUAUGCUGGCUGGCAGUGGACCUUGUGGCUCACUGCUAUCAUGAAUGCCGUGCAGUCGAUCGCUUUCAUCUUGACUUGUCCCGAGACUUCAUAUCGACACCGCACAUCCGGAAAUGCGGAGCUACGACUGCAACAAGUGCUAGAGCCAUUUUUGAUUCUCCAAGCUCCCCAUAUCGUCUUCGUGGCGUUCGCGUAUGGCGUCACCUUUGCGAUUGUCUCUGUGGGAUUGGCCACGAUUGUGCCAAUUGCACUUGAAAAGAUAUACGGAUUUGGCGCCGUCGCACAGGGUCUCUUUUUCUUGGGCCCAUUGGUUGGAGCCCUUAUUGGCGAACAGCUAGCUGGCCCAGGGAGUGAUUGGGUCAUGAAACGGGAGCGGGGCAAUGCUACUGUUGGAGAUGUCGGUGGAACCGCGCAACGGUUGGAGCGUCGACUGAUUGUCGGUCUUCCAGGAUUUCUGAUCGCCGUAGCAGGCAUCUUGAUCUUCGGUCUGACUUUACAAUACCGCACACAUUGGAUGGGGCCAUGCAUGGGCUUUGCAGUGGCGAACUUUGGCCUUCAGAUGGUGACAACGCCAUCGAAAACCUAUUGCGUGGACUGUUUGCCUUCUCAAUCGGGCUCAGUGCUUCAGCUCAUCAAUACUGUGCGGCAGAUUAUUGCUUUCACAGUACCCUUUUGGAGUCCCAAUCUGGUAGAGCAUCUUGGAUAUGGACUCGGGUAUGGAAUCGAAGCGAUCAUUUUGGCGGCUUUCUCCGUAGGCUGUGUCCUGGUCCUCUGCUGGGGCGGACUUUGGCGAAAUAAACGGUCAAUUAAAGGGCUGGAGGAUACCUCAUGA